GGUUUUCUCCUUGUCGCUCGUGUAAUGUCGUCUAAAAAUUUUCUGAAAUAUUUAGCUUUCGAGUUUAAAAGUUAUUGUUAAAAUUAUUAAAUAAAUAGUUUAAAUCACUGUGGAAAUAUACGUAAUAUAAUUUAUAUGAAAAACUUAUAAACCAUAAUUGGCAUUUGUAUGUAUUGUGUUCGUUUACUUAAGAUAAUGUGCUCAAAUACAAGUGAAAAAUAAGAAAUCAGUUUUGCCAAUGCCGCAGUUUAAAAGGGAAUGCAUAAAAAGAGUGAUAUAUGCAAACUAAAUAAAAUAGUAAAGGAAAUAUGCGUUAAUAACAAGAAAUAAAAAACUUUAAUUACAGUGCUUUAUAUUAUAAGUAUCUUUUCUGCGAAGUUAAUGUAUAAAUAUCAAUAUCUUUAACAGUGCUUGAUCCUUGGGUUUGCUUACAAUAUAAAAAAUUGUUACUACGUCGAUGACACAAUUUGUAAUCAAAGGUUUCAUUAAAAGUUUCUAAUCUAUGUAGUAUUUGGAUUAUUUGGAUAUUUGAUUGAAUACAUCAAAAACACCAUAUAGCACAUUCAGCAUAUCUAUAUCAAGAUUUAUAAAUAUUUUAUGUUAAAAUGAGCUAUAAUCAGAAACCGCCUGGACCUGGAGGCAGUGGAAUGGGUGGUGGUCCACCAAAUGGUCCAAAUAACUCUCAGCAAGUUGCCAAAACAAUAGCUGGAAUACAACAGCAAAUGCAAAGUUUAGUACAUGGACAAAAUGCAAUACCGCAAUCACCACAGGCUGACAUAAAUGUAUUUCUGCAACAACAACGUUUACAAAUUUUGAAGCAGCAACAACAACAGUUAUAUCAUUUUCAGCAACAAAUGCAGCAGCAACAACAACAGCAACAAAAUAAAGAUCAUUCUGGUAGCUCAGGUGAACCAUUAGCGUUAACGCGCACCCCAGCUGCUGCGGAAUUGCUUAGUAAAACUUAUCAACAACAUCAUCAACAACAGCCGAAUGGUAGUUCAACCAAUACCAAUUCUGCAAUUAAUCAAUUUCAACAACAACUACAAGCAUUGCAACCAAAUAUAAUGCAACAAUUACAGGCCUUUCAGAUGCAAAUGCAGCAGCAACAGCAACAACAGCAACAUUUUACGCAACCAACUCCACAACAACAACAUCAUGCACAACAACAAGCUCAAUUACCGAUUCCGCAACAGCAAUUGCAUGGUCAAAAUCAACAACAGCAAAAAGCUUUAUCUGCGGCAGCUGUACAGCAGUUGCAAACCUUACAACAAUGCUAUUUAUCAGCAGUUCAACAUACACAACAAGUUGGUUCUAAUAAAAUUGGUGCAACACCACCUCCACCUCCUCCACUUACCAAUCAAAUGAAACCGCCCAAUUUACCACCAAGUACUCAAAUUACACCUGUACUUGCAAAUACUGCCGCAAAUAUUGGGUGUGGCUCUUUGCCAACUGGAUCAAUAUCAAAGAGCCCUUCAAAUAUGCCACCAACAAUUACUGGAUCUUCAAAACAAGUAGCGCCAUCCAUAUCUUUAUUGCCAGCAAAACAUCCGGCAACGUCUCCCACGCCAACAGCAGCACAUCAACAAAAUAAAUUCGGUGCUGGUAAAUCUUCUCCCAUAAUAAGUGCUAUACCGCCACCAUUUCCAUCGCACCAUCAAAAACCUUCAAAUACAACUGUGACCCCCGUACCGACCACUUUAAGAACUGGUACAAAUCCAGACUCAACAGCAGUGCAGAAUUUACCGCAACGGAAUCCUGUAUCACUAACGAAACAAACAACUUCUACAACAUCAUCAUCUGGUAAUAGUGGUACUAGUAUACCUCAAACGCCUGUAGAGACUUCAGUACAACAUACUAUUGAGCCACUUAACUCGAAUCAAAUUACUCAGCCUAAAUUUACCCCAACCACAGUUGAUUUGCCCUCGACUAAUAAGAAUUUAAAAUCUCCAUCCUUGAGUGUAAACAACAAAAAUAAUGAAAGUGAACAUUCUGCUCCAAAUACACCAGUCGUUGAGCCUCUAAUAAAGGAAAAAGAAGCUCCACAAACUGCAGAUGAUGGCAAAACUGAAAAUGUUCAAAAACCAAUUAUAUCAGAAUCAAAUGAAAAGAAAACGAUGGAUGGUACUGUUCCAGGUUCUUUGGAUUCUGUUGAAAAUAAGGAAACUGGAGACAAUACAAGUGCGCAAUCGGCUGAAAUAAAGAUUACUAAAAAUAACUCUAUCGCAAAAGAUAUAGAAAAUGAAACGAAAAACAACAAUGAAGAAAAUAUAAAACCUAUUGCUGACGCACCAAAAUCUUGUAUUUCGGUUGAUAAUAAAGACGAUGAAAAUGUUAUUAAAGAAACGAAUAAAGUACCAGAAGAACAAAGGGAACAAAAGUCAAUAGAUGCUGCAGAUACUAAAACUGAAGAUGAAAUUAAACUUGCUGCAGGCGGUUCAUCUGAAGAAAAAGACAUUGGCGAUGUCACAGCUAAGUUAAUAAAAGUAAAUGACGAAAAACUUUCAAAAGAGGACUUGGAGAAAGCUGAUAAAGAAAAUAAUGAAUGUAAAAAGGAGAAAGAUACGGUCAAUGAUGAAAUCAUACCAAACGAAGUAGAAAGCAAUUCUGUUAAAACAAGUUUUGUAAACCAAAAAGAUGAAAAAGCGAUUGAGGAAAAGGUGGAACCACAAACAGCAAUGUUGGACUCCUCUGAUAAUAAUAAACCUUCAACAGUUAUUUUACCUAAAACCAAUGAAAAUACUGCAACAGAUAUAGAUACAAAACCUAUUAAAAAACCACUACGGCAAUCAAAAUCUGCUAAAUCAAACAACGUUUCAAAUGUACAGUCACCUAUUGAAAAAACCCCAGAAAAAAGUGAAAAAGCUUCUAGCAGUCGUGCAGCAAGGGAAGACAAAAGAAAAUUAAAAGUAGAUGUCAACCCGAAUGAUGUUGUGUCAACAUCACCUUCAACGCCUGUGGAAACAAAAAAUACUUCCAGAGAUCGUAAAAGUCAAAGACAUCGUCUCAAAACAAUAUUAUAUCAAAGUCCAUUACCAGAAUUGGCUUAUAUUACUAAACUUUCCGCCAGUGAGGCAUCAAAUUCACCAAAGCCAAUGUCAGUGGAAGACAAACUUAUUCUAUUUUACAAAAAUGAAUAUAUGGCAGUUCGUAAUGCAGAAGGUACAUUUUAUCUUUGUCAAACAAUGCAAAAUGUGUAUCGUUCAUCGCCCCGUAUCAGCAUUCGUUGGUUGUCAGAGGAUAACAAAGAUGAAACCAUCUACAUACCAGAUUUUUACGACCAUACAGAUCGUGAAUGUGUUUUAACUACCGUUGAAUUGAAAAAACUUGAUAAGGGACACUUACGCUUACCUGAAGAAGAAAGAACACGUAUAGAAAGCAUACUUAAAAAGGCCCUAGAUGUAGAAAAGGGUAUUGUACCAAGACCAGAACUUUCAGAAGAGAAUCCAGAUGGACUUGAUAUCUCAUUAUAUAAAGAUGAAUCUCAAAUUGAGAAAAAAGGUGCAGGUGGUUUAUUAACAGUUGCAGCUGUGCGUAAGUCAAGACGCAGUAUCAAUAAUGAUAGCAUCGGAACAGGAGUUGCAUCACCAACAGUUGGUAAAAAACGCAGUCGUGGUAGUGUGAGUGCAUCUAUCGCGAUUUCAAAAAAACUAUCGGCUAAAAAGCGAAAAUCAAUAAGUAAACGUAAAAAAAAAUCAAAAGGUUCAGAUUCUACUGAUGAAGAUAAUGAUGACGAAAGUUCAGAUGAGAGUCCAUCUGAUAAAGAAUAUAAACCAAGUCAAAAAAAGUCAAGUAGUGUAUCGGCUUCGAAGUCAUCACCACGUGCACAAAGAUCGCCUUUAGCUAAAGCAAGAGCAGCUUCACCAAUUACCCCAACAACAUCACGAACUAAACAAGGCUCUGAAAAGACCGUUUCAAGUAGUCGAAGUGAUCGAGCAACAAAACGAAAAUCCAUACUAGAUGAAAGUGUAGAUUAUCCCUCACCAGCAAAACGGGGCACAAAUUCUAAUACAAAAUCAGUAAACUCAAAGAAUAGACAUCCUGAAACUGACACAGAAGCACAGAACAAAAACUCGACUAAUGAUGUAAAUAAUUCAGCGACAAAACCGCAUUCACCAGGCGUAAGUACAUCAAAUGCUAAUGCAACUGGGCAUAAUAGACAUACUAGAAGUCGAAAAUAAAAUAUGAUGAGCAAUCAUUGAAGAACAGUAGUUUUAAUAUUCUAUAUAAUAAUUAAUACAAGAAUUAGCUGCUGACAAUUAUGAUUGAUAAAACUGAGUUGUUAAUUUCGAUCGAAA